AGAGUACACUUGAGUGGAGUUGUUGACGGAGAGGGAGGAGGCAGGCAGAGAGUCGACAGGAGGGAAAGACACACUGGAGAGAAACUGCACUUAAGUUGGAGGAAAUACAAAAAGAAACAGCAUGGCAUCGGGGGACACCCUGUACAUAGAGGCGGACGGGUCGGAGAUGCCAGCCGAAAUAGUGGAACUACAUGAAAUCGAAGUAGAGACAAUCGAGACAACAGUAGUUGGAGAUGACGGGGAACACCAGCCCAUGAUCGCCUUACAGCCGCUUGACACGGACGAUCCCAACUCUCUCCACUCGCACCAGGAGGUGAUUUUGGUGCAAACGAGAGAAGAAGUGGUGGGAGAGGACGACUCUGAACUGCACACGGAUGACGGGUACGAGGACCAGAUCCUCAUCCCGGUGCCCGCCGCGGAGGAGGACUAUAUCGAGCAGACUCUGGUUACUGUCGCCGGGAGAAGCUCGUCGUCGGGUCGCAUGAGGAAGGCUGGCAGCGGGAAGAAAGCGGGCAAAAAGAGCUACCUGAGCGGGGGAGAGAUGGGCCGCAAGUGGGAACAGAAGCAGGUCCAGAUAAAGACGUUGGAGGGGGAGUUUUCAGUCACUAUGUGGGCAUCGGACGACAAGAAGGACAUAGACCACGAAGAGCAGAUCAUAGGAGAAAACUCGCCCCCGGAUUACUCCGAGUAUAUGACGGGGAAGAAGCUUCCUCCAGGAGGCAUCCCAGGCAUCGACCUGUCGGACCCCAAACAGCUGGCAGAGUUUGCACGAAUGAAGCCAAGAAAAGUAAAAGAAGACGAUGCACCCAGGACGAUAGCUUGUCCACACAAAGGAUGUACCAAGAUGUUCAGGGACAACUCGGCGAUGAGGAAGCACUUGCAUACCCACGGGCCUCGCGUGCACGUCUGUGCAGAAUGUGGCAAAGCCUUUGUGGAGAGUUCGAAACUCAAGAGGCAUCAACUUGUACACACAGGAGAGAAACCUUUCCAGUGCACAUUUGAGGGCUGUGGCAAGCGGUUCUCUCUGGACUUUAACUUGCGCACACACGUGCGCAUUCACACUGGAGAUCGCCCGUAUGUUUGCCCUUUCGAUGGCUGCAACAAAAAAUUUGCCCAGUCAACCAACCUGAAGUCUCACAUCCUCACACAUGCCAAAGCCAAGAACAACCAGUGAAUCAGCCCUGAGCGCGUUCACCGAAGGAUCUGACCUGUGUCUCUGCUCCUUGACAAACUAAUGUCCCGUGGCCUGCUUUGUUGUGAGAUAAGAAGUCCCCUUUGUAUCAUCCCUAGAUCGAGGUUUCAACAGAGAAAUGACCCUUUCUCAAACUUUUUGAUAUACACAUGGAGGGUUUGAACAAGGAACUUUUGAGAAUCCCGACUCCCUCAGGCCUCCUACCCAACUUUGGCCCUACCUGGAUGGAACAAUUUACGGUUUCUUCUUGUGAAGAUGUUUAUUCAUGGAUCUGCACCUAAAAAAAACGUAUUUAUACUUUAACACAGCCAGUUAAAAGAUUUUUGCAAUAUGUCAAAUUUGCAUCGAUCCUCAGCAAUGACACCUUUUCAAUUUUGUACUUCUCCCCGAGUGUGCAUAUUGUACACUGUUUGACACGAGCUCUGUGGUAUUGUAUGUAGUAAGGUUGUCCUGGUUUGUUUUACCUUCCCCUUUUCCCAUUAUGCGAGUGUGUUUCAAGGGCGGAUGGGUGAUCUUUGCAUAUUUUCAUUUUGUACAAGGCAUUGUCAUAAUGUGUAGAUAAUAACCAUGUAAUUUUCAAUAGUGCUCACUGAUUAAAAAUGUUUUUUCCCCCUUGCACUACCCA